AUAGUUUGUUAUUUUUUUUGGUUGUGUUCGCUGUGGGGACAUAAAAAAAUCUUUGUUGCGAUGUUGACUGAUUUGAUAUUGAGAUGAUGCUAAAAUCGAACUUAUUGUUUUCAAUACUUGGUGCAAAAUAUAAAUUCAAAAUCGGUGGAAAUUGAACAUUCAAGCGAUUCAUUUAACUUUGUCAUGAUUACUGAUUCAUUAAUCAUUUACUAAUUAGUCUUUGGAGCAUCAAGCUUGCAUCUUCUCAUUACGCUCCAUAUAACUUGUGCAGACGCAGUUGCAUACACAAAUGGCGACUUUUCAAAUCUCUUCCACUAGCAUGACCACCAAGGCGGUUCUCAGAACCCAGCCGACCAACAAGCUCAUCGCUAACAAUAGCCCACAAGUCUCCGUUGGAUCCGUCAAGAAAGUCUCGAGAUCCUUUGGCUUGAAAUGCUCAGCCAAUUCAGGUGCCACCAUGAUGUCAGCCGUGUACAAGGUCAAGCUCAUAGGACCAGAAGGCGAAGAACACGAGUUCGACGUUCAGGACGACCAGUUCAUAUUGGACGCAGCUGAAGAGGCGGGAGUGGACUUGCCUUACUCUUGCAGAGCCGGAGCGUGUUCCACCUGCGCCGGUCAGAUCGUGAAAGGACAAGUUGAUCAGUCUGAGGGAUCGUUUCUUGAGGAUGAUCACUUGGAGAAAGGUUUUGUCUUGACUUGUGUGGCUUACCCGCAGUCAGACUGUGUGAUCCAUACCCACAAAGAAACUGAACUCUUCUAAAGACCGUUCUCGUUUGGUGGUAGUGAUGCAAAUUGUUAUUUGAGUUAUUAUUAUUAUUGUUAUCAGUUUCCUUCCACGGAUUUGUGUGUUUAAAGGUAUGCUUUUGUAUGAAAACGUCUCAGGAUAUGCCUUUUUAGUGUUCAUCAGUCUGUCUUCGCCGGGUUGCAACUGGUUAAUAAAAUUGUUAAAUGUCAUUUAGUCGAUCA